AUGGCUUCACAAGUUCCUAUCGCCAUUAUUGGCAUGAGCUGCCGAUUCUCUGGUGAUGCUACCUCUCCGGAAAAGCUCUGGAAGCUAUGCGCCGAGAGCAAGAGCGGCUGGAGCAAAAUCCCCGAGGAUAGAUUCAAUUUAGAUGCCUUCUACCAUCCUAACGGCCAGAAGCUAGACACGUUGAACAUUAAGGGUGGCCAUUUCCUCAAGGAGGACGUGGCUUUAUUUGAUGCUCAUUUCUUCAAUUACACAUCAGAUCUGGCUGCGGCUAUAGAUCCUCAAUUCAGGCUCCAGUUGGAAAGCACAUAUGAAGCUAUGGAGAGUGCGGGUUUGACAAUGAACGACGUUAAAGGCUCCAAUACCUCGGUCUUUGCUGGUACAUUCUUUGGCGACUAUAGCGAUAUGAACAUCAGAGACCCCGAAACUUUGCCGCGAGCCUUACUUGUAGGAGUUGGCUCGGCGAUGGCAUCAAAUCGCAUCUCACAUUUCUACGAUCUGCGUGGUCCUACGUGCCAAAGUCUUGCGAAUGGAGAAUCUGACAUGUCAAUUGUCGGCGCCUCUAACGUAAUACUAAAUCCUGAUAACUUCAUGGUCAUGUCAUCAUCUUUCCUUUCGGAAGCCGGCCGUUGCUUUGCCUUCGAUAGUCGUGCUAGUGGAUACGGUCGAGGAGAGGGCACGGCAACAGUCAUUGUGAAAAGAUUGGACGAUGCCCUGAAAAAUGGGGAUCCAAUUCGCGCAAUUGUUCGCUCAACUGCCGUGAAUCAGGACGGAAAGACGGAGACAAUUACCACACCUAGCCCGGAAGCACAGACUGCUCUCAUCCGUCAAUGUUAUGCUCAAGCUGGACUUGACCCUGCUCUUACAACAUAUUUCGAGGCCCACGGAACGGGCACACCAACUGGCGACCCUAUAGAAGCCCGUGCUGUAGCUUCAAAUUUCAGCAACACGAGAAAGGCCUUUGGAUCUGGUCCCCUCAAGAUUGGUUCUGUGAAGACUAAUAUUGGCCACACCGAGACCGUCAGUGGUCUCGCAAGUAUUAUCAAGGUGGUGAUGGCAUUAGAAAAGGAGCAGAUUCCACCCAGCAUUAAUUUCGAAAAGCCCAAUCCUAAUAUUCCUUUUGAAGAGUACAACCUUCAGGUUGCCACCAGAUUAGACUCUUGGUCUCCAGUGAAUGGAAUUCGACGAGCCUCGAUUAACAAUUUUGGAUACGGCGGUGCAAAUGCGCAUGUUGUAGUCGAGGAUUAUCAGUCAUUUCUUUCCUCGACGAAACAAAUUACCAAUGGUUCAAUCACUAGGAACUUGUCGGAGACUAUUGAUCAAGCCCCGUCUUCCAAGGUCUUUGUUCUCAGCGCCAAGGAUGAACAAGCGGCACUGAAGAUGGCAUCGGACCUAAAACAGCAUCUUCUGGAAAUCCAACCUGAAGAUGAAAGAAGAUACUUAGACAAUCUUGCUUACACCCUGGGACAACGACGUACUCGAUUCCCAUGGGUGUCGUCUCAUUCGGCUCGCAGUAUUAUGGGAUUAGUUCAAGCUCUUGACUCUGUUAAGAUGAAACCUGCGAAAGCGAUCGAGCCCCCUAAGAUCGGCUUCGUUUUCACUGGCCAGGGAGCGCAGUGGUGGGCUAUGGGCCGGGAGUUGAUCGAAGCCUAUCCAGUGUAUAAGCAGUCUGUUUUGGAAGCCGAAGGUUAUCUGAGAGAGUUUGGAUGUCAGUGGUCGUUAAUAGAUGAACUGACCAGGAGUCCCGAAACCACGAAUGUCAAUGAGCUGGCGUUUAGUACUCCAUUGUGUGCUGUACUCCAGAUAUCCUUGGUACGGUUGUUGGCUUCCUGGGGUAUCAAACCACAGGCCAUCACAAGUCACUCGAGCGGCGAGGUUGCUGCUGCAUACGCCGCUGGUGCCCUCACACUUCGGUCCGCUAUGGCCAUUGUAUUUGCUCGUGGCCAGGUUGCUGGAAGAAAGAUUCCUGGCGUUAUUGAGACAAGCGGCGGAAUGGUUGCAACUGGUCUGGGCCCUGAAGCUCUAGAAAAGUAUAUUGCGCGUGUGACAUCUGGUCAAGUUAUGGUCGCCUGCUUGAACAGCCCAAGCAGUACCACUGCAUCGGGCGAUGCCGCCGCUGUUGAAGAGCUGGAAAGCCUUCUCAAGCAAGACGAUAUUUUUGCUAGGCGUUUGAAGAUUAAUGCUGCUUACCACUCACAUCACAUGCAGGUGCUAGCUGCUCCAUAUCUGGAAUGGCUGCAGAAACUUUUUGGCCCUCAAGAGCACAUGAACCAGGAUGUCAUCUACUCAUCCCCAACCACUGGAAAGCGCGAGACGUCUGGUAGAAUGAUUAGCGAUCCACAACAUUGGGUCAACAGUUUUGCGAAUCCAGUUCGUUUUGUUGAGUCAUUCCACAAUAUGUGCUUCUCGGAUUCCACUGCUACAACCUCUGAUGUAGAUAUUGUCAUUGAGGUUGGGCCACAUGCCGCCCUCGGAGGCCCGAUCCAGGAGAUUAUUGCACAGCCAAAUUUCCAUGGCUGCAAAGUAGGCUAUUUACCUACUCUCGUCCGUAAAAACGACGCAGUUGACACGAUGCAAGCUCUUGCAGCGUCUUUGGUCAAAGCUGGCUAUCCUGUCAAUAUGGAAGCGGUCAAUUUUCCGACAGGUCAACGCAAUACUGAAGUCCUAUAUGAUCUACCAAGUUAUCCCUGGACUCACAAGACUCGUCACUGGAGUGAACCUCGUGUCAACAAGACACACCGACAUCGCGCUCAUGCCGCAAAUGAUCUUCUAGGAUCACUCGUUCUUGGUACAAAUAUGACAAGGCCGUCGUGGCGACAUGUAAUUCGUCUGAACGACCUACCUUGGCUACGCGAUCAUGUCGUGCAGUCUACUAUGCUUUAUCCCGGUGCAGGCUUUAUAUGUAUGGCCAUAGAAGGAGCUUCACAACUUGCACAAGACAGAGGUGACCAGGUCAGUGGAUAUGAGUUACGCGACAUUGAAGUUUUAAAAGGCCUUCAGAUUCCCGAUACCUCAGAGGGAAUUGAGGUCCAACUCACGCUUGAACCAUGCAACGAUAAAGCCAUCUAUGCCUCAGGGUGUCAAGAGUUCCAUGUUUACUCCGUCGACUCUCAAGAGAACUGGACAGAACAUUGCAAGGGUUUGAUUCAUGUCGAGACAACCUCCAGUGACGAUCAACAAACCCUAAUUGCACUGAAAUCCAGACUGUCCCAGCUAUCCCUUCACAAGCCUGUGGAAGAAUAUCGAAAGAACAUCAACCCAAUGGACGUGUACGAUGCAAUGCAUUUUGUGCAAAUCUGCCACGGUCCCAUCUUCCAAAAUCUAGAAUCUAUCAAGGUUAAUGGAAGGCAAUCCAUUGCAUCGUUUUCCGUGGCUGAUACCGCAGCGACCAUGCCUUAUCGACACGAAAGCGAUUAUAUUGUUCAUCCUACCACGAUUGACUCUCUCUUCCAGGCAGCGUAUGCUGGAUAUAUUGCUGUACCGGAUGCUAACAUGUCCGCUUCCUUUAUUCCGCGAGUGAUCAAGAAGCUUUACGUCGCACAUAACAUUCCAAAAGUUGCCGGCCAUAAAUUUACUGCCUACUGUGACGUUGUAAGCUUUACCCAGCGGGGCUUCGACACUGACCUACUUGUGACUGGCGAAAAAGAAGACGGAAGCAAGACCCCCUUGCUUAAGAUCGACCAUUACAUCACACAGUCUCUAGGCAAUGUCAAGUCAAUGACAGGAGAUGCUUAUAACAAGCUUUCAACAUUGCACUGGGGGCCUGAUCUGUCAUUACCCAAUGAAGCAUAUCUUGAGAAGCGCUUAGGCUUUGAAUCAGAAGCUUUGACUAACCUGAAACGGGUCUGCUUGCAUUAUAUUCAGGAUGCUAUUGAUGCAUUGACCAUUGCUGAUGUUGCUCAAUUGAAAUCCCAUCACAAGAAAUACUAUGUGUGGAUUAAGCUUCAACGAGAGCUUGCUCUUCAAAACAAGCUAGCGGACAAUAGCUCCGAAUGGCUCAAUGAUAGUCCCGCGCAAAGAGCAGCACUUAUUGAUCAACUACUUGCUUCCGGAAAGGUUGGAGAAGAUGUCUGUCGUUAUGGGCCACAUAUAUUGUCCAUUCUUAGAGGCGAGCUAGAUCCAUCUGAUCUGAUACAAGAAGAUGUUAAGAAGCCCGUGACAACCCUCAACUCAUCCCAGAGUGCAAAUUUCCAUGCGCAGGUCGCCGAGUACGUCCGGCUUUAUACACACCAGAAUCCGCGGUCCAAGAUUUUCGAAAUCGGCGGCGGUGCUGGAACUGUCACUACAACUAUUCUCGAUGCUAUCGGCGUGGAAAGUGACUUUUCGGCUGAUUCGUACACUUUUACGGAAAGUGAAGCAAAGCUCGUGUCCGACGCAGAAGAGAAAUUUGGGUCAUACGCAGGUUUAGUUCAAUGUAAACAGUUCAUUGCUGAGCAGGACAUUUCCAAGCAAGGGUUCGAGACCGGUGUGUAUAACUUGAUCAUUCUUUCGGACACACAGCAAAUUGCCGGGAACCCGGAGGCCAACUUAAAGAAUAUACGAAGGCUACUCAGCCCGAAUGGCAGGAUUCUCAUAUUGGAAGAAGGCAAACUUCCUUUCAUUCUCGGUCUCUUCCCAGAUCCAUGGACAACAGGUGAUGAUGACGAACGUUCAGGCCUGAACUCUUCCACCGGAAAUUGGGCUCCCGUGCUCAAAUCGAGUGGGUUCAGCAGCGUUGAAGCUACGAUUCCAGAGUCUAGGAACAAGGCAUUCUCCUCGGUGAGAAUGAUAGUCGCAAGGGCGGAGGAAACCUCGAUCCCCUCAUAUGCUUUGAAUGUUGCCUUGGUUCUGGGCUCUAAAGCCACGCCUCCUGCGUGGGUCGCUAACUUGAAAGUGGCCGUCUCUGAAUUCAUUCAAGGAGAGAUAACAGUAGAGCCACUUGAAUCUCUUGACCCAAGUGGCAGAAUCUGCAUCUAUCUAGGUGAUAUCGAACAUUCUAUUCUCAAGAAUCCAUCUCGAGAAGAGUUCGAAGCAGUCAAAAAUCUCUGUGUGAAAUCCAAGGGUCUUAUCUGGGUGACUCGUGGAGGCGCCGUAGAUUGUCAGAACCUGGAUGCAAGCUUGAGUCAAGGCUUCCUCCGCACCCUUCGAACAGAAUAUGCAGGAAAAAGAGCAAUUACUCUUGAUUUGGACCCUGAGACGGAAGCAUAUUCUGAGAUUUCUAUCAAAACACUUGCAGCGAUUUUCAGGAAAAGCUUCGACUACACGCAGAAGGGAAACCCCAUGGACUUUGAAUAUGCCGAGCGCAAUGGCACCAUUAACGUUCCAAGAUUCUAUAAGGAUCUUGAGCGGAACAGCCUUUAUUUCCCUGAUCCCGCACAGCCUCAAGCACCAAAACCGGGUCAAUUUUUCCAGGAAGGUCGUCCUUUGCGACUUCAAGUUGGAACCCCCGGUCUCUUGGACACUCUCUCGUUUUGUGAUGAUCUAGAUGCUCUGAAAGAUCUUCCGGAUGGGUUCAUCGAGAUAGAGCCCAAAGUUUUCGGUGUCAACUUCCGUGAUGUUAUGACAGCAAUGGGGCAAUUGCAGUCUGAUUUUAUGGGCUUUGAAUGUUCCGGUGUUGUCAAACAGAUCAGUCAGGCUGCGACCGAGAGCGGGUUGAAAGUCGGAGACAGGGUUACCACCUUGAUGAAAGGACACUAUUCCAGCGCUGUGCGAGUGCCGUGGACUAGUGCUGUGCGCAUUCCUGAUACGAUCGGAUACGACAUUGCCGCUUCUCUUCCAAUGGCAUACGCAACUGCAUAUAUCUCUCUGUUAGAAAUGGCUCGCCUCGAAAGAGGCGAAAAAGUUCUGAUCCAUGCAGCAAUGGGUGGUGUCGGUCAAGCAGCUAUCAAUCUAGCGAAGAAUGUCGGAGCCGAAAUUUUCGCAACGGUUGGAUCUGCGGAGAAGCGUGAAGCUCUUAUUUCGCACUACGGCAUUCCCGAUGAUCACAUCUUCUCCAGCCGAUCCACGUCCUUCGCUACUGGAGUUCAUGCUGCCACGGGCGGAAAGGGUGUUGAUGUAGUCUUGAACUCGUUAUCAGGGUCCCUCCUACAAGAGAGCUUCGACUGCCUAGCGCAAUUUGGUCGCUUUGUGGAAAUUGGAAAGCGCGAUUUGGAACUGAACAACAGUCUUCAGAUGCAGACAUUCACUCGUAAUGUGUCUUUUUAUUCAUUAGAUUUGAUUCAGCUGGAAGACCACAAGGGCCACAUCAUCAACCGGGUUAUGAAAGAGGUGAUCCGUCUGUUCGAUCAAGGAGCGAUCGCUACUGCUAUUCCAUUUACGACCUACCCCCUGAGUGAAAUUGGCAAGCCAUUCCGCCUGAUGCAGGCUGGAAGACACAUGGGUAGAAUUGUGGUGACUGUUGAACCUGACAUUAUUCCCAAGAAGCCCACCGCACAAAUCGACCCCCAAUCCUCCUACUUAGUAGUGGGUGGACUUGGCGGAAUCGGUCGAUCCGUUUGCCAGUGGCUGGCUCAACGAGGAGCGAAGAACAUAAUUGUGCUCUCGCGCAGCGCUAAUGCAGAGAAAAUUCGCCCCUUCGCAGAAGAAAUGCAACACAUGGGCUGCAAGAUAUAUCCAGUGGCUAGUGACAUAUCUGACUCCGUCUCUAUGGCACGUGCUUUGGAAGAUUGUCGAAGUAACAUGCCACCUGUACGUGGUGUUAUCCAGGGAGCUAUGGUCCUUCAGGAUUCAAUCAUGGAGCAAAUGACAGUAGACCAAUACAUGGCAGCCAUUCGUCCUAAAGUGCAAGGUACUUGGAAUUUGCAUGAGCAGUUUCUCGGUCAGGACUUGGAUUUCUUUGUUAUGCUAUCCUCUCUUUCCGGAAUUGUUGGAUUACCGAGUCAAUGCAACUAUGCUGCGGGUGGAAGUUAUGAGGAUGCACUUGCCAGAUACCGUAUCACAAGAGGACUCCCUGCCGCUGUGGUCGAUAUUGGUGUUGUUCAAGCUGUGGGAGUUGUGGCUGAAAAUCAAGAUUUGGCGGAGGGUCUUCGUAGAUUGGGCUAUAAACCUCUGAUUGAGGAUCACGUUCUGACGGCGAUUGAAAGUAUAAUCGCUGACCCACCAAAAUCGCAAGUGCUCAUUGGACUCGACGGAGCAGACUGGGAGUCUUCGGGACUGAUUCGUGACUCUCGCUUCACGGCUCUCAAGGUUCGCGAUUCUGCACAAAGCAACGGUGGUGGUGCCGGCGCUGGCUCUGCUGGUGAGCUCAGCAGUCUUCUAGCCAACGCAUCCUCGAAGGAGGCAGCUGUGACUGCAGUGGCGGAGAGUAUCAGCAAGAAGUUGGUCGAAAUUUUCCUUAUGGCGGAAGAAGAUGUGGACCCUUCUAAGCCUCCUACUACUUACGGUGUCGACUCCCUCUCGGCGGUUGAGCUUCGCAACAUGCUUUCACUGAAGGCCGGCGCCGAGAUAUCCAUUUUCAAAAUCAUGCAGAGUGCAUCGAUCACGGAUCUCGCUGCUUCGGUCGUGGCGAGUAGCAGCUUUGUCGACCCUAGUCUUUUGACCAAAUAA